AGUAAGAAUACGCUUAGUGAUAUGCAUUAAAGCAUACACUUGCAAUAUGAAAUCGGAAUCAUUGGGAGUGUGUCGCAACAAGUGUCGAUCAUGGAUAUAUCUGACAGAGUAAGGGCACUCUCAGAGGAGCCCAGACGCAUAGAGGUCGUCAAACUGGAGGCUUACCACGUAUUGUCUGCUGUAAAGGACUAUCUCAGGAACAAUGCUUACACUUCUAGCUUAGUCCCCGUACUAGGAUCAGAUAAUAGCGCUGGAAAGGCAUUGCAAGAUGUAUCCCUUACCAGAUGCUUCAAGCAACUUAUCAUGAAAGGCGUACCUACGGAAGACAUCUUUUUAGAUAUCGCAAACUUGAAACCCUUCUUAGAUGUCAUGAAAAUGUGUGAUACCAAACAAAGUAAGCUUAUCAUAUUGUGCGCCGAAGCCAUCUCAAAGUUCACGCAUUGCGAAAACUUAAAGUUUGGCCAUAAAAACGCACCAAAGGUACUGAACACAGUUUUUGAAGAAAUUAUGGCAUUGUUCACCACAAACAUAGAACCAAAGGAUGAUCUUCUUACGCUGAAAAUAUUGAAGACUUUACACGAUAUACUCUGUUGCAAAGGAGGUAACUUGAUCACCAAUGAGAAUAUAUGCAUCAUGCUAAAGAUGAUAGUUACUCUGCUUACAGCUAGACAUCGCAAUGUUAGCAUAAGGAAGCUUAUACAUGAUGAGGUUGUUAACCUUCUUCAUGCGGCCUUGGGGCAUUAUGACCAAAAUACGCUGAAGCUUCACAAUAUGAAAGCACUGUCUAGAAGAGUUAGUAGCACAUUCAUCUUCAUCAGCAUGAUGUUAUCUCAAACAAUAACGCAACAUCCAUUCACAUUCCAUGCGGAAGAUUCAUUCCUCUCCCACGAAGAUAAGGAAACGGUAAAGAGGUUCAGACAUGACUUUGCUGUGCUGUCACAGAAUGUAACGUCGUUCUCGUCAUUAUGGCAUGAAUUCUGUAAUGAUGUAUGCAUAGUAGGGUUGGAAACGUUGAAUAAAACAAUGGAAUUCGGCUCAUUAAACAAACGGCAAUUUGUUGUGGUACUACCGAUAGUGCAAGUUUUCAUGGCUAACUCUAUAUAUCGCAUGUGCUUCACAGAUUCCUUGAGUCUAUAUUCACUUGUGCUAAGAACAUUGAAGAAUAUGCUCUUCUUUUUCAGGACACAUAUGAAAGCGCAAAUGGAAGCGCAGCUGACACAUAUCAUCAACUCAGUGAUUAUUCACCGCAAUGCCACUAAAAGUGUAUCUGUAAAGACGGAUAUCAUGGAAAUGAGUAUGGAAUUUAUUGUUGAUAUGUGCCACAACACACAACUAAUCAUGGAAUUAUAUGCUAAUUACGAUUGUGAUGUUAGGUGCGCAAAUAUGGCCGAUGUAUUAAUCAGGGGUAUCAUCUCAUGCCUUGUGCCUUAUUAUGACCUGGAAAAUAAUACCUACCAUGGAGACAAUCAUAAACAUAGGCACAACAACUUUAAGGCCAACCACAAACGUAAAACUGGAUCUAGUAGCGCUAAGACACCAAGUGAAAACAAUACUUCAAUGAAUGUCGAAUACAUGGCAAUUUCCGGAAUACAAGGUGUCUUGCGUGCUUUGGAAAGCAGCAAAAUGGAAAUAAGCGUGGAAAAUGGUCAACUUCAACACUUUGGUAAACUAAAACUGUGGAAGGAUACAUUACGAAGGGCGGCUGAAGUAUUCAAUACCACUAAACUAGGAGAUGACUGGAUACCGCUAGUAAAGGACCUAGGCCUCUUACCGCAGUAUCAUGAACCAAAGGAUGUGGCCAAUUUUUUGAAAUGCAUACCAGAUCUAGAUUUGAAAAAGGUGGGGGAAUAUCUUGGCACGCAUAAAAACCCAGUGUUCAUGGACCAAGUCAGGAUUGAGUUUGCAAAGUUACACAGUUUUAAAGGAUUACCUAUUGUUAUGGCGAUAAGACUGUUUCUAUCUUCCUUCAGGCUACCAGGCGAAUCACAACAAAUUGAAAGGAUAAUAGAAGUCUUUGCUACUACAUAUUUUGAAGCUCAGGCCGUUGUACAAGAUACAGCUGAAGAAAAUCGUGCUGAUGUAAACUCGGAUGAAGAUAAUGUUAUACCCGAUAGCAAAAUACCAAGAUGGAUUAUACAGGAAAAUGUUUUUUGGCAGCUGAACUUUACAUCUUAUGGUGUAACCAAUCUAGGAACCAUUAAUGAUCACAUCGAAGCUGAUGAUGAAACACCAUUCCAACGCUUCACAAGGCAGUUCAUGAAAAAUGAAAUCGAUAACAUACUCUCCAGUGAGAGGAACAGUCUUAUUACAGAAGCCAUAAAGGAUCCGUCCAUAGUCGCUGCAAUGCAACUAACUCACAUAGAUCCGACACAACUGGAUGAAGAAUUCAAAUCGUUGAAAUAUAAAGAAAUGGGUCCUGCGGAAAAUGAAAUUAAACCGGGGUUCGCCUAUGUAUCAAAUUCGGAUGUCAUAUUCGUUUUGUCGUACUCCAUCAUUAUGCUCAACACCGACUUGCAUAACACACAAAUAAAGAAAAAAAUGAAACUUGAAGACUUUGUCCGGAAUAAUAAAGGCAUAAACAGUGGUAAGAACUUGCCAUUCGAAUUCCUUGAGGACAUAUACACUGCCAUCAAACACCAUGAAAUCAAAUUGCAUAAAGGAACUGAGCAACAACUAUGUGAUGUAGUCAAAUAUGACGAAUUCUUUUGGGUGGAUCACGUACUACAGAAGCAAAGACUCAUGAGCAGCUUUAUUACCGACUUGAAAACUUUCGGUUGGGAAAUAAAAACAAGCUUGCUUCAAUUACUCUGUAAAAACCAAUUGUGCAAGGCCCUUAACAUGGCAUUCCAACAUGCGCAUUCAGUAUCUAACUUGAAGACAUAUGUACGGUUAUCAUGGUUGUUCCUAAAUGUCGCAUUGAAGUUUGGAUUGAAUGAUGAGGUCAAUAAGAUUUUCCAGAUGUCUAGCAUUCAUAUCGAUGAUACUAUCGGGUACAAGUGCCAGUUGUCUUUGUCAUUCAUCCUGACGGUGCUAGCAUCGGCUUCUAAUGUGUUCGAUGCUGACUCGUGGUCUAAGGUAAUGGAUAUGGUAAUAAAGUUGUAUUAUCUAAACUUGUUGCCGCCAUCAUUCGCUGCACUAGAUAUAGAUACACAGGUAUAUGGAAAUUUCGCCACUCUAACAGAUGCGCUGGUGCAGCCGACUAUAAGGUUUAAACGUAACAUGGAUGCCAGAAGGGGUGCCAGCUGGCUAGGUGGGUGGACCAACUUUAUCACCUUUGCCAAACCCACGACAAACGCUAUUGUCGACAGCGGUGACGGACUCGACUGUGACAUUGAUGAUUUCACAAAUAUUAACAACAGUGAAAGACAGCAGUUUCUAUUCCUUUUCGAUGUUCAAUCAUCAAGUGAUUCCACAGUGGACAACCCGUACUUUGAUGUACAGCUUUUGAGACGUGGUGUGAAACCUAUAGCAUCCCAAGAAGAUGAAGAAGCGAUUAGAGAGGUCACUAAUGCAUUUAGCUCCGAAACUGAUAAAGAGGAACUGCUACCACAAGUAUUGUCAUAUAUGAACUUGAGGCUGGCAUUCCUCAAUAUAUACAAUAUUCAUAGGUUGUUCACAGGGGCUACCACUAACAUUGAUAGUGAGAAUUACAUGGUUUUCAUCAAGGUUGUACUAUCACGUAUUGUGCAGUCCGUAAGCAAAGAAAAGGAAUCUAGUGAUGCUCCAAGGGUUACCACCUCCAACGUGUCAACACCAAAUACGGGAUCACCAACGAAUAAAGCAGAAUAUGCAAUGUCUUUGGAGGGCGCACUACUAGAUCCCUGUCCUAAAGAAAUGAAAAACUUCAAUAACAAGGUAGAGCCUACAUUCUGUCUUGGAAUGUUCACCAAAAUAACUACUGUAGUCCUGGAGCAAACAAAACUUGCAUUAAAGGUCAAGGGGCGUCUCGAAAAGGAGAUGGAUCUAAAAUUAAGAGUCACCAUUAUCGCACUUGUUAAAUAUAUUCACGCAUUGGCAUCAUGUUUGAUUCUGCCUGAAGCACUUGAUUCUAUUCCAAAGCCAGAAGAUAUCCUAUGCACAUUUGGUAUCCUCGAUGACGGUACUAUGAUAUACGCAAAGGUGGUAAAUGAAGAAUGGGCGAAGUAUCCCAUCCUUUCUGAUGACGGAUUCGCCAAGGCAGUUAAGGUAGACCCAAUCCUGACAUCAUAUCUUUGUAUUGUUAUAUUAAAAUUUGUGUACUGGUUAACACAGAACGCAUCUGAAACUGGAGUUGUUUUCUGCAGUCUAAAUGAAAUAAAGGAUACCGAUAAUGAGGAAAAGGAAAUUGAAUGUAAAUUGAAGUGGUCUGAUAUGUGCUUAUGGAUUGGUGCAUGGCUCUUACAGUUACUUGUGCAUUUUGAUAAUAGAAUCUUCCAGAACCACGUGGAACCCACUGUAAAGGUACUCUCAACCGUUGCCGCAACGCCAAUUGUUGCGCAGAAUGAUUAUUUCUUCAGAGUGCUUAUGGCAGCAUUGCAAAGAAUAACUAACAAUAAAAUGCCUUUCGCAGUGGAAGGAACGAUUAUCCAGCCAGCACCAGCAAGAACCAGGAGGGUUAUUUACGCUGUUGGUGAAAUGUUACCAACCAUCAUGACCAAUGCAAAAGCGGUCGCUGCUGACAAUGUUCAUGUAGUAGCUAGGUCACUUAUCCAAACCCUGGUAUUCAUGACAACGACCAACACAGAUGCCCAAUUGGCAUCCGAAGAUGAAUAUAACCAAGGGGUACAGGCUAUUCAAAUGUUGAACGAGCUGAGAUCGUUUGGCUCCGAUGGACCAUUAAAGGAAGCAUACUGGUUGUAUGUUGUCCAUGCACUCACAAUUGUAUGUACCAUCGCACCCCAACGUAUAUACAUAGAAGCUAUGAAGUCACUCACUAAGAUGUUGCUCAAGGAAACAGGUCCUGAAGGACAAUGUGCCAAGAUUAUACAAGUAGCACGCAUAUUCGACUAUAUUCUAUCGCCAAUACUUACACACAAUUUCCACUACCCUUUGCCAUAUUCUUCUCUAGCAUUGCCUGUCAAUAACAUCAAACCGAAAGUAACCAAAGGACGUGUUAACGACUGGGAUAUUCCCGGUGCAUUUAUGGAUCGCACAUCAGACUCUGUGGAAGAUGCUGAAUGGAUGGAGAAGUUUGUUCAAGGUUUCAUAACAUCGCAUAAAAAUGUCGAUAUAGAUGAUGUCAACACGAGGAAAGCAGAAAUGACAAGCUUAAUAUGCCAAUAUAUGUUAGCUCAGCUGCCAAAGUUGAGCUCUAUGACCUUGGAUGAAGCUGAUAUCGGGGUAGUAAAGGCCAUGUCGAGUAACCUGGAGUACCUACUAUACUCGUCUGAUGAGGAUACAUGUUCGGAAACUUGUGUGAAGCGGUUAAUUACAGUAACGAACUAUAUACUUAACGUAAUCAUACCAAGCAACGGAGGAGAUUACACUGAUGCAACAAGUGAUACAUAUUUGGAAUCACUAAAGAACUUUUUGCUGGUGCUUCUCACUGCACCCGAACUUAAAUCGGCAGACGAUAAAUGUAUGGAGCAUUUUAAAAACGAUAAGGAAUUGAGAAUCUCACUGGACAUUGUCAGGGACUCUGUUGACAUGUCAUCUGCAAGCCCAGGUGAGUAUGUUCUGGCGUCACUGCUGGCACAUACAUUUGCUACUUCCGAUUUCCUUAAGGAGUUGUUCCUUGAUAUAUUGAAGGUAGUGUUUCCUGCAAUGCCGCCAGCAUCAACACAAACUGAAGAAUCUGGCGAAGAAGCGACAGAAGAUGAACAAGAAGAAGAGAAGGCCGACGAAAAAUGAAAGCAACACUCGUAAAUAUACUAGGCAUAUGUUAUUUGUAUGUAUCAUUA